UUUAACGGUAUCAACUUCUCAGUCCUCUGACCGCUUUUAUGCCUUUAAAAGUAUUUAAUGAAAGUAAUACGAAUGAGAAAUAGUUGUUAAAUGGUGUGUUCGUUUAUUUUAUCAAUGGAAAAUAUGUCCUGAAAAUAAAGCUGCGCAUUUUAGAAGGGCUUUACGGUUAAGGCGAGUGAAGUUAACUCGUAUUUUUUUUGUAUUGGUCGUCACUUACACUCAGUUGCGGAGGAGCUCAACAUAUUUAAGCUGCAACUAGUGAGCAAACGCCGUGCAUACAGUCACCAUGGAGCAGGCAGGCUAGCACCUAUGGCUUCCAUUUAGCUUUUAUUUUGUUUUCAAAAUAUUGUGAGCGACAACAGAUAUCAUAUGGAGUAACUGGUUUGUGCUGAGGAUCAGUGUCAAGACCUUCACUUCCAGUGAUUUUGUGCCUGCUUGCUCACUCUCAAGGACUUGGACACUGCAAGAAUUUGGACAAGAGUAGGUUACCACCAAUUCCAGUUCCUUCCCUCAGUUUUAAGAUGCCCUAAACGGCGAGAGGUGACAUGUAAAUGGCUUCCAAAGUGAAAGAUGCCGUGGUGUGGUACCAGAAAAAGAUUGGCGCCUAUGACCAGCAGAUAUGGGAGAAGUCUGUGGAGCAACGGGAAAUAAAGGGUCUGAGGAACAAGCCGAAAAAGACGGGUCAUGUCAAGCCAGAUCUUAUCGACGUGGACUUGGUUAGAGGUUCCGCUUUCGCAAAGGCCAAACCGGAGAGUCCAUGGACCUCGUUGACUCGGAAGGGCAUCGUACGCGUGGUCUUCUUCCCGUUCUUCUACCGAUGGUGGAUCCAGGUCACCUCCAGGGCCAUCUUUCUGUUGUUGCUGGCGCUCUACAUGCUGCAAGUGGUGGCGGCACUCCUCUACGCCACCAUCCCGCAGCCUCACGGCAUCCCCGCCACGGAGGUUUUUGGCGCCAUCUGGCUCAUGCUGUUGCUGGGCACAGUGCACUGUCAGAUAGUCUCCACGAGGACGCCCAAGCAAGCCUCGGGCAUUGGCGGGAAGCGCCGCAGGAAGUUGAGGAAGGCCUCUCAGAUGGAGGUGCAUAGGGAAGGGGACGGCUCUAGUACUUCCGAUAACACACAGGACGGGUCGCAGUACUCCUACUCGGCCUGCGCCACAAACAGCCUGGGCACUCUCUUCCAAGAUUUCUGGCAUGAUCUGUGUAAAGCUGGGUCCAAGAAGUCCAAGCUAUCCAUCGACAAGUCCACCGAAACGGACAACGGCUACGUGUCGCUGGACGGUCGCGUGACCAACCGCAGCAGCGAGGAGGGCCUCCAGCUGCACCACGAGCAGCGCUGUGAGCUUUUUAACCGCUUAGACGAGGCGUGCUGGAUGGCGCGGGGUCCACCCCCACGUGCUAACGCGGCCACUAUACACCUCAUCGGCGCCGGCAAGGGGCCCGCGUCGGAUGAGGCGUCCAGCGAAGAGGAACAUGAGACGUCUUACAGCGCCCUCCGCAGGGGAAUGGAAAGACUCGCCGCUAACUGCACUCUGCGAAAUCGCAAGAACACGAACUACAAGAAACACUACAUUGUGGAGGACGUUUCCAAGUCCGGUACCAGCUGCAGCUCCAGGUGCUCCAGCCUGAGGACGCAGGACUCCGAGAGCACUCGCCACGAGUCCGAGACUGAGGACCUGCUAUGGGAGGAUUUCUUGCACUGUGCCGAGUGCAGGUCUUCCUGCACAUCGGAGACGGAUGGAGAAGGUGGAGGCGCGCCAGUGUGUCCUCCCACCAAGAAGGAGUACAGAGACGACCCUUUCCAUCAGGGUCAUGCACCAUGGCUGCACAGCUCCAACCCGGGCUUGGAGAGGGUGAGCGCCAUUGUGUGGGAAGGAAACGAAUGCAAGAAAGCGGACAUGUCAGUCUUGGAGAUCAGCGGCAUGAUCAUGAACAGAGUGAACCUUUAUACUCCAGGAAUUGGUUAUCAGGUGUUUGGUAAUCUGGUGUCUGUCACAUUGGGACUCACACCCUUCGCGUACAGGCUGGUUCAGCACCGCGAUUUGGAGCAGUUGACCACGCUCUCUGCCCACGAGCUGCUUUCUGUGGCGCUGGGUGGCGGGACCGGUUCGGACACCCUGGUGGUCACCAUGGUUACGCUGAGCUUCAUGGUGCGGGUGUGUCUCAUCUUGCUGUUCUUCUUCUUGCUGAGUGUCGCCGAGAGGACUUACAAGCAGAGGCUGCUGUUUGCCAAACUGUUUGGUCACCUUACCUCGGCCCGAAGAGCCAGGAAGUCCGAAGUCCCUCAUUUCCGACUGAAGAAGGUCCAGAACAUCAAGAUGUGGCUGUCGCUGCGCUCAUACCUCAAACGUCGAGGUCCUCAACGCUCAGUGGACGUCAUUGUGUCUUCUGCCUUCUUGUUGAUGCUCUCCGUCGUCUUUAUCUGCUGCGCGCAGUUGCUGCACGUGCACAAGACCUUUCUGGAGUGUCACUACAACUGGGAGUUGGUGGUGUGGUGUUCCAGCCUCUCACUCUUCCUGCUCCGCUUUGUCACGCUGGGGUCCGAGACGAGCAAGAAGUACAGCAACACUUCCAUUUUGCUUACUGAACAGAUCAACUUGUAUCUGAAGAUGGAGAAGAAACCCAACAAGAAGGAAGAGCUGACUCUGGUCAACAAUGUCUUAAAACUGGCAACCAAACUUCUCAAGGAGCUGGACAGUCCAUUCCGGCUGUACGGGCUGACUAUGAACCCGCUGCUGUACAACAUCACCCAGGUGGUCAUCCUGUCCGCCGUCUCCGGUGUCAUUUCGGACCUGUUGGGAUUUAACUUGAAGCUGUGGAAAAUCAAGUCGUGACAAGAAGACUGAAGAUUAUCACUGCUUUGACCUUCAGCAAGCUAUUUAGCCGUUCAGUGUUCUCACGUUUUUAUUUAACGUCACUAUUUAUCACCGGAAAGCUCCUUCGAGCCUAAAUUAUUUUUCCGCUCAGCCUGACGUUUCAAGGCCGUUUUCAUUUUAAUGUGCAGUACGUUUUUAUUUUGCUCUCAAAGUUACUCGCAUAAUAAUGUUACAUAUUUCAAUGGAAAUGUUCGGUACGGUUCCUAAUAUUUCAUGUCGAUGAGAUCAGUGCUACAAAGAUGGCAGUGUAUAUGAAAGGGAAAGUAAAUGAAUUACUAUGACAGUAUUUAUGUUAAUAUUUUUUCCAACGGAGCAACGUCCAAAACCAAAAUACAGUGAUCCCUCGCCCCCUCAGCCUAUCCCAGAUUUUUUUUUCCAAUUACAAAAUAUAGUAUUUUAGAGAGAUGUCCUGAUCCAAACACGUACAGCCUUUCAUCAUCCCUCCUGCUGCUUUUCUUACUCAUCAGGUCAGAGGCAUAUUGCUUGUUAAAGUUAAAAAUGAUCGAUAGGCGUUGAAGCUUAACCGUGAAAAACGAGGGAUCACUGUUUACAGUGGUAUGAAAAAGUAUCCAAACCUUUUGGAAUUUCUCACAUUUCUGCAUAAAAUCCCCAUCAAAUGUGAUCUGAUCUUUGUCAAAAUCACACAGAUGAAAAAACUGUCUGCUUUAACUAAAACCACCUUAACAUUUAUAGGUGUUCAUAUUUUAAUGAGGAUAGCAUACAAACAAUGACAGAAUGGGGAAAAAUAAGUAAGUGAAGCAUCUGCCUUAGAGCAAUUGAAACAAAUUUUACCAAACAAUUUGUUGGGUGUGUGCCCAAUCACUGAUGAGAGGUUUAAAGCUGCCCUGCCCCCUAUAAAACACACACCUGGUAAAAAUUGUUUUGAUGACGAGAAGCAUUGUCUGAUGUGGAUCAUGACUCGGUCGAAAGACCUGUCUGAAGACCUUUGAUCAGGGAUUGUUGCUUUGUAUAAAGCUGGGAAAUGAUCCAAAACCAUCUCUAAAAGUCUGGAUGUUCAUCAAUUGACAGUCAGAGAAGUUGUCUACAAAUGGAGAGAGUGGCACUGUUGCUUCUCUCCCAAGGAGUGGCCGUCUACCAAAGAUGACGCUAAGAGUUCAGUGCAGAAUACUCAGAGAGGUAAAAAAAAGAACCCUAGAGUGUCUGCUAAAGACUUACAGAAAUCACUGGCACAGUCAACAAUCAACUAUAUGUAAAACUAAAGCCAAGAAUGGUGUUCAUGGGAGGACUCCACCAAGGAAGCCACUGUUUUCUCAAAAAAAAAAAAAAAACAUUGUUGCUUAUUUAAUGUUCGCAAAAAGUCACUUGGACACCUCACAGAAGUUUUGGCAUAAUCUUUUUUGGACUGAUGAAACCAAAGUUGAAUUGUUUAGGAGUAACACACAACGCCAUGUGAGGAGGAAAAUGGAAAGGCUCACCAAAAUCAACAACUCAUCCCCACCGUGAAGCAAGGUGGAGGGAGCGUCAUGAUUUGGAGCUGUUUUGCUACCUCUGGGCCUGGACAACUUGCAAUCAUUAAUGGAAGAAUGAAUUCAAAAGUUUUGCAGGAAAACCUGAGGCCAUCUGUCAUACAGUUGAAGGUAAAAAGAGGAUGGAUGCUGCAACAAGACAAUGAUCUAAAACACAGAAGUAAAUCAACUUCAGAAUGGUUUCAGAAGAACAAAAUACACGUUCUGGAGUGGUCAAGUCAAAGUCCAGACUUAAACCCCAUUAAGAUGCUGUGGGAUGACCUUAAUGAAAGCGAUUCGUCCCAGGAAUCUGACUAAACUACACCAGUUUUGUAGAGAAAAAUGGGCCAAGGUUAGUCCGGAUCGAUGUGCCAGACUGAUCUGCAGCUACAGGAAGCGUCUGGUUGGAGUUAUUGCUGCCAAAGGGGGGAGCCACUCAUUUCCCCCCCUUUUGUCCUUGUUUGCAUACUAUCCUCCUCAAAAUAUGAAAACCUAUAAGAUGUUUUGGUGGUUUUAGUUAAAGCAGACACAGUUUUUUCAUCUGUGUGAUUUUGACAAGGAUCAGAUCACAUUUGGUGAUUUUAUGCAGAAAUGUGACAAAUUCCAAAAGGUUCAGAUACAUUUUCAUACCACGGCAUUAUGAUGUAAACUGGUUUGAGGGAAGCGAUGUGAUUGGUUAGUUUACUUGCAUCAGUAUUAGUUGAAAACGUCCAAGCAGGCAACACAACUUGCACUUUACUCGAGAAUAAACUGGUGGACAUUUUAGCAUUGGUUUAAACACCGUGAAUCGCUGACAUCUAAAGUAAUCGUGUCCGUUUGAAGGAGACCAAAGUGCUUGCUUUACACGAUUGUUUGCUUUUUAUUUCCGCUAAAAAGAAUGUAUUCGCAGCUUUAAAUUGUUCAUGUCAGGCUUGAAACUUUUUGUGGUCUUUGUAUUUUCAAGUUUAUUCUUCACACUUCUGUUGAAAUGUUUGAAUUUGUUUGACUUUUUUUAAGUUACAAAAAAAAAACAUUUGAAAACAAGUGGAGUUUCAGACAGCCCGAUUUUUACGUCUUUGUACGGGGAACAGGUCUGUAGACUUUUUUUUUUUUUUUAAUAAAGCCAGAUAAGUUGACUGCUGUAAGUAUGACUUUAAA